UGAGGUACAUAAAAACUUACAAAAAGAACCAUUUUCAAUCCUUUAGAUUAUCCAUAGUAUCAAAUAACUUUCAAGAAAACAAAGCUACCAAUGACUCUUCUAACAAUGGCUUCUUGUUCAUCAUCAACUUCACUAUUCUCCACUGUACUCAGUUUUUCCCCUAGGAAAACAACUGGUUUAAGCUGCUGCAGUUCAGUUAGCAUUCCAUCAGUUACCAAGAAAACUUCACUUAGUCUUAGUUCUUCAAGAAACAUAUCAGUGUUUGCACCAAUUGUGUUGAAGAAAGUCUUGAUUGCACCAGUUCCCAAUACAUUGACUGUAGAGUGCCACAAAGGGUAUAAGAUGAAGACCCACAAAG